AUGGUGGUUGGUGAUGAGAUUGUGCGCAUCAAUGGAUACUCCAUCUCCUCCUGUAUCCACGAGGAGGUCAUCAGCCUCAUCAAGACCAAGAAGAUUGUGUCACUCAAAGUCAGGCAUGUGGGGAUGAUCCCAGUCAAAAGGUCAUCAGAGGAACCUCUCAAGUGGCAGUUUGUCGACCAGUUUGCAUCUGAGUCAGGGGACAAAAAAAGCAGCAUUGCAGGCUUGGCGUCCAUUGGAGGCAAAGAAAUCAAGGAGAAGAAGGUCUUCCUCAGCCUGGUUGGCACCAAGGGUAUGGGCAUCAGCAUCUCCACUGGUCCCACCCAGAAACCUGGUAUCUACAUCAGUAACGUCAAGCCAGGCUCCCUUUCGGCUGAAGUUGGACUGGAGGUUGGAGACCAGAUUGUGGAAGUGAACGGGGUGGAUUUCACCAAUGCGGACCACAAGGAGGCUGUGAGAGCCCUGAAGAGCAGCCGCAGUCUGACCAUUACUGUUCUGACAGGAGCUGGCAAGGAGCUGUUCAUGACCGAUGAGGAGCGUCUGGCGGAGGAGUCCCGCAGGGAGGUGGACCGGCAGGAGCUGAUGCACCAGAAGAGAGUGGCCCUGGAGACUAACAAAAUCGUUAAAGAGCAGCAGGAGAAGGAGAGGCAGAGAAAGAUGGAGAUCAAUCAGAAAGCCGUAGAGGAAGAGGAUCGCUAUAAAAAAGAGAUGGAGAAGAUUGAGGCUGGGGAGAAGAAGCACAACAGAGAGUGGGAUGAGGACUGGGGAGCCAAAGACAGGCCCAAGAGCCCUAAGAGCCCGUCCCCCGCCCCACCUGAGACAAAAAACGCCAAAUCCAAGAGUUCACCUGACGAAGCCAGCUCCCUCACAGAGGAAGACAACGAGGAAGAACAAUGUCCUUUGAUUAACGGAGCGUCUUUGGGUGUUGUUCAGACAUUCGGCUGGUUUUAUCGGUAUGAGGGAAAACUGCCUUCACUCCGCAAGAAAGGAGAGAAGAAGAAGAAAAAGAAAAAGGUGUCCAAUACGGACACGCUGCAGGAGCUGAGAAAGAACAAGAAGGAGAUGGAGUUUGAGCUGAAACUCGCCAAGGAGAAGGAAGAGAUGCAUGAACGAGAGAAGCAGCUGAAGAUCAAUCGGCUGGUUCAGGAGGUCUCAGAGACGGAGAGAGAAGACCUGGAGGAGUCGGAGAAAGUGCAACACUGGGUGGAGCGUCUCUGCCAGACUCGGCUGGAGCAGAUAUCCUGCGUGGAGAAUGAAUCCCCAGAGGUACAGAGGGAGACUCUCUCCCCCCCGCGCUCCCCCGUUGCGGCGCCCCGAGUUAAGCGCUUCCCUGGCGGCCUCCACCUGGCCACCACUGAUCUGGAUGAUAUUAACCUGGAUGACGUGGAUCAGAGCCUGAGGGGUCCUCUGAAGAGACUGGCCCCCACCCAGCCCAGCACCAGCUACCCUCCCCCUCCCUUGCCUCUCCCUCCACCAUUACCCAAGCUGAACCCCACAAUACACAACUACUCCCCUCCGUCCUCUCGACAACUAGCUCCUAGUCCCCCAAACCAGAGGCGUCAGAUGACCCCUGUCAUGUCUAAACCCGUCAUGCUGCCGCAGUCCCAGACCCAGAGAGCAGACCCUCUCAGACCUACGCUCCGUUCAGAGGCCCUGCCUCAGGAAAUGCUGAAACGGAUGGUGCCUUUCAACUCGUCUUUUAAAUCCAACAGCAAACGACAAGGAUUUCAGAAAUACGAAGAAGAUUUUGAUCCCCACUCAAUGUUCUCCCAGGAUCAGAUAGACGGGCGAGAUGUAAGACGUCUAAGAAUAAAAAAGACCGGACAUCUUGACAUUGCUCUGGAGGGAGGUGCAGACUCGCCUUUGGGAAAGUUAGUGAUAUCCGCUGUGUAUGAAGGUGGCGCUGCUGACAAGCACGGUGGCGUAGUGCCCGGAGAUGAACUGAUGGCUGUGAAUGGGAAGAUCCUGCUUGAUGCAACAUUGACCGAGGGACAAAACGCUUUGGCACGAGCCUGGAACAGUGGAGGGGACUGGAUCGAUGUUGUGAUCACCGUCUCCCCUCCGAAAGAUUAUGAAGAUGAAGUGACAUUCUUCUAGUCUCAUCAACAGCCUGCCAAGAAAAUCCACACUGAUUAAGACGCUUAUCAUUGUUAAGCGCAACAUGGUCCUUUUUUAUUACUCAUCAUUAUUAUAGGCUCUUAUAAAGCCUUGUGUCAUGUCAUCAAGCUAUUGACACCAUAGGGUCGGUAAGCAUCCUCACUGUCUUGUUUAUUAAAGGAUGAUCCAGUCAAUAAUCAGUCGCCUUCAGCCUGUACAUGGCUGACCUCUUUUUACAUCCGCAUGGCCAUGCUGAGCAUUCUCUUCAGAGAUGUGACUCAUUCAUCAGUAUGAAAGGACGGGUUAAAACUGUCAAACUGUAAUCAAUAGCUGAUGUCUAAUCUGCCUUUUCAAAGCUCAAUAAAAGACUGCUCAUCA